AUGCGUUUUGCACCUUCAAAGUGUAAAAUGUUACUACAAGACUGGGUUGGUCCAGCACCCAGCCUCACUGUAACUGGGGAAGUAAUAGAGCAGAUGGAUAAGUUUUGUUAUUUGGGCAACUACAUCUCACCCAGUGGACGCAUUACGGAUGAAGUGUCAUCUCGCAAACAGAAGGCUCGGUUGGCAUUUGCCAACUUGAUCCAUCUGUGGCGCCGUCGCGGCAUCCGGUUGUCUGUGGAGGGUCAGGUGUAUGCCGCGACAGUUUGGCCAGUUCUGCUAUACUGUGCAGAAACUUGA